UAUCCCUAUAAUACAGUAAUAUAGUCCACCAAUCAUAUAAUAAUUGAACCCCAUUAUUUAUACCAUAUGCAAUGCCUGCUGCGGAGAAAGUCUUCCAACAUAUAAAUCCACGCACAAAAUCCCAAAUCACUAGCCAACAGAGCAAUACCACCAAGACCAAGACUUGUGCUGUCACUUCCCACUCAUGGCUCACAUUAUGUAUAUAUAUUAGUUGCUUAAUUUACAUUUUAAUAACCAUACCAUCAAUGAAAUUCAUGGCUAGUCCAGUGCUCCUCAUCGUCAUCUUCAUCUUCAUGUUCUGUCUCUUCACCUCUCCAAUCCAAUCGACCCAAUCUGUUGCAACCAUCAAUGUCUGGCCCAAGCCAAGAACCUUCUCUUGGCCCAAUCCUACCGCCCACUUGCUCUCCCCCAACUUCAACAUCAUCUCCCCUUCCCACCGUUACCUCUCCCCCGCCGCCCAUCGCUACCUCCGGCUGAUCGUCUCCGAGCACUAUCGCCCUCUCGUAACCCCCUCCUCCGUCCAUUUCAACACCUCUGCCUAUCCAUUGAAUACGCUCAAUAUCACGGUUUCAGACCUUAGUGCGCAGCUUCACCACGGCGUCGACGAGUCCUACUCUCUCGCUGUCCCCGUCCAUGGUGGAGUUGCUAAUAUCAAAGCCAAGACUGUUUGGGGCGCCAUGAGAGGCCUCGAGACCUUCUCUCAGCUUGUUUGGGGAAAUCCAUCUGCUGUGGCGGUGGGUUUGCAAGUUUGGGACUCACCCUUGUUUCCCCACAGGGGAGUUAUGCUCGAUACCUCAAGGAAUUUCUAUGGAGUGGAUGAUAUUUUGAGGACAAUUAAAGCCAUGAGCCAGAACAAGCUCAACGUCUUCCAUUGGCAUAUCACGGAUUCGCAUUCUUUCCCUUUGGUGGUUCCAUCGGAGCCUGAAUUGGCGGCGAAAGGAUCGUACGGUUCUGAGAUGCAAUACUCUCCGGCUGAUGUGAACCGGAUUGUGCGAUUCGGUUUCGAGCACGGCGUCAGGGUUUUGCCGGAGAUUGACUCGCCUGGGCAUACGGGAUCAUGGGCUGAAGCUUAUCCGGAAAUCGUGGCCUGUGCGAACAUGUUCUGGUGGCCCGCGGGAACUGAAUGGGCCGACAGGCUCGCGUCGGAACCAGGAACAGGCCACCUGAACCCGUUGAAACCCAAAACCUACCAAGUCCUCAAGAACGUCAUCGGCGACGUUGUGAAUCUAUUCCCGGAACUGUUUUACCAUUCCGGUGCCGACGAGAUCAUUCCAGGAUGUUGGAAAGCCGACAAGACCAUCCAAUCUUUCCUAUCCAACAACGGAACUUUGAGCGAAGUUCUUGAAAUCUUCAUCAAUUCCACUCUCCCUUACAUUGUCUCUCUCAAUCGGACCGUCGUUUAUUGGGAAGACGUUCUUCUGGACGACAUUAUCAAGGUCCGAGCUUCGAUUCUUCCAAAAGAGAACGUAAUUUUGCAGUCGUGGAAUAAUGGGCACAAGAAUACCAAACGGAUUGUUUCAUCCGGGUACAGAGCCAUCGUUUCGUCUUCGGAUUUUUACUACUUGGAUUGCGGACAUGGAGAUUUUAUUGGGAACAAUAGUAAGUAUGAUCAUCAAACUGGAGACCACGGAGAUGGGGAUUCAUGGUGUGGACCUUUUAAGACAUGGCAAAAUGUAUAUAAUUAUGAUAUAGAUUACGGGUUGACCGAGGAGGAAGCGAAAUUGGUGCUUGGAGGUGAAGUGGCAUUGUGGUCUGAGCAAGCUGAUCCCACUGUUCUGGAUUCUAGGAUUUGGCCUCGAGCUUCGGCUAUGGCGGAAACUUUGUGGUCUGGGAACAAAGACGAGAAGGGUGUGAAGAGAUAUGCAGAAGCUACUGAUAGGUUGAAUGAAUGGAGGAAUAGGAUGGUGAGGAGAGGGAUUGGUGCCGAACCGAUUCAGCCGCUUUGGUGUAUCAGGAACCCCGGAAUGUGUAACACUGUGAAUUCACGUUGAUCUGUUUGAAUUUGAAAAAUGAUUGGUUUGGAAAUGUUUCGUGUGGUUUUUGCUUUAUUAUUAUAUGGGGUUUUAAGUUGAUUUUCUGUUACCUUUGGGUAUUCAUACUUUAAGGAAAAUAUGGAUCCUUUUUCCUUGUGAUCCCACAUUCUUUGCAUUUUAUAUUUUGGAAUUUUUAUUAUCAAAAAAGUUAUAUUUUGGAAUUU